UAUAAAGUCUGUUAUAAAUACCAUGCGCUCACAUGUCUAGAAAGAAUUCCAGAAUUAUCCCUCCAUCCACACAUUCAACAUGUUGGUGCACAAGCUGAGCCUGAUCAUUUUGAUGCUGUUGCUGUGUCACCAUGGUGUAGAUGCAAAAAGAACAGUCAUCUGUGAAGGAGGAUCUGCACACCUCGGCUGUGAUUUGGGAUUCAUAAAAGUCAUUAAAGCCAACUUUGGACGGACGGAUCGUACAACAUGCAUUAGUGGGAGACCCUCAAAUCAGAUCAGCAAUGUACACUGCUUCAGACAGUCAUCCCUCCAUACAGUGUCAGCUCGGUGUGAUGGAAGGAAAAGCUGUUCAGUUCCUGCAGUGAACUCUGUUUUCUCUGAUCCUUGUUUUGGGACUUAUAAAUUCCUGGAUAUUACGUAUGACUGCAUCCCAUCAAAAAGAAGUAUAACCUGUGAAAAUACCCAAAGUGUAAUUGUUUGUGAUUCUGGUGUUAUAUUGGUUCAUUAUGCCAACUAUGGACGCCGAGAUCUCUCAAUCUGCCCUCAUAAAUUGGCAAAGACACCAAACUGCUUCUCUCCUCAGACCAGCAGCCUGCGCUCCAGAUGCAAUGGGAAGAAGUCCUGUUCUCUGAGUGCUUCGAAUUCUCUCUACUCUGAUCCAUGUCCUGGUGUCAAUAAGUAUCUGGAAGUGACAUACAGCUUGAGGUUACUUCCUCAUUUCAAACAUAUCACCAUGCUGCUGCAAAAAAUACACUGGAUCUCCUUGAUUAUUUUACUGUGCCGACAAGGCAUUGAAAUGAAACGAUAUUUUACCUGUGAAGGAGGCUCUGUUCAACUGGGCUGUGAUUGGGGAUACAUAAAGGUGGUCACAGCUAACUAUGGGCGAACCGACCGCACAACAUGCUCCUCUGGAAGAUCGGCUCGAGAGCUUUCAAACGUCCACUGCUUCCAUGAAACAUCAGUCCAGAUGAUGGCCAACCGAUGUGACGGAAGAAAGAGCUGCUCUGUUCCUGCAGCUGACUCGGUUUUCUCUGACCCCUGUGCUGGGACUUAUAAAUAUCUGGAUGUGUCCUACUUGUGUCUUCCAGUCAGAAGAAGUGUCACCUGUGAAGGAAGCCAAGGUCUCAUUGACUGUGGUAAUGCUGUGAUUUGGAUUCACCAUGCUAAUUAUGGACGCCGGGAUCUAGUAACCUGCCCUCACAAAUUAGCAACUUCAUCAGACUGUUACUGUCCUCAGACCAGCAGCCUGCGCUCCAGCUGCAAUGGAAAGAAGACUUGCCAUUUAAAUGCCUCAAAUUCUGUCUUCACCAAUCAAUGCCCGGAUGUGCAUAAAUACUUAGAAGUGACCUACAGCUGCGUAUAAUACUGAGAGAUGGCUACACAUUUCACACAACUGGAAGGCGUGGGAAUUCAACGUUUGAAACGAUCAAAGGAGAAUCUGUUUUGAAAGGAAUUGUUGUGUUCAUCUGUAAAGUUUGUAAAA